AUGUUCCUCGUUUCCCUGGAUACGACUAUUAUCUCAACCGCUAUUCCUCAGAUCACGGACGAAUUCAAAUCUACGGCUGAUGUUGGCUGGUAUGGGGCUGCAUUUCUUCUGGGCAGUGCUGUAACUCAAGCACCAUGGGGGAAAUUGUACGGAUUUUUCAAUAUUAAAUGGACCUACCUCCUCAGCCUACUCACGUUCGAGUUAGGAUCUCUGCUUUGUGCUCUUUCCCACAACUCCCCAACACUUAUUAUCGGCAGGGCCAUCGCAGGAGUAGGCGGAUCAGGAAUUGGGUCGGGGAUCUAUACUAUUCUCGGGGUCUGCGUCCCUCCAAGGAGACGUCCCAUGCUGAUUGGCAUCACUGGUCUGGCAUUCCUACUCGCCAGCUUUGCCGGCCCCGUUAUUGGAGGAGAGUUUACUAGUAACGUAACUUGGAGAUGGUGCUUCUGGAUCAAUUUACCUAUUGGUGGAGCUACAUUUGCCGUCAUCCUCUUCUUGUUUCGGUCACCCUCUCCACCUGCGAAUAUGAAAACGUCAGGAAAAGAGAUAAUCUUCCAGCUCGAUAUACUGGGAAUCAUUACAUUAACAGGUGCAUUACUCUGUUUCCUACUCGGUCUCGAAUGGGGAGUCGGCAAGUCCUGGCAUAACAAGGAUGUGAUUGGGUGUCUGAUUGGAUUUCCAAUUCUUGCGGGGCUAUUCAUUACGAAUGAGCUCUUCUGGGAUGAUCGGGCGAUGAUUCCCCGAGCCGGGUUACUAUACACCCUGGAUCUUGUAACGCCGCCGAAACUCUGGAUUCCGUACCAGAUUUUGGCAGGGAUCGGGAUUGGAGCUUCACUCCAGGUACCGAUCAUUAUGAACAAGGCCACUGUGGAUGCGUCGGACAUGUCGACUAUGACAUCCAUGACUUUGUUCUUUAAGUGUCUGGGGGCUUCGAUCUUCAUGCAAACAGGGCAGACCAUAUUCCUCGACAAGGUCAAGCGAAACUUGGAAAUGGCAUCUGUUGCCAAUGCGAGCCCGAACCAGAUACUCACAGGAGGUCUUUUGAGUGGACAAGAUACCGAUUCAGAGUCAAGUACAGGAUUUCGCGCUGCUUACCUUGGGGGUCUGAAAGAUGUAUUUGUGCUGGUAGUAGCACUCUCGGGCCUUGCCACUUUCCUUGCACUACUUGUGGGUCGAUAUAAGAUGGAUAUAGCACGACUGCGGCUGUGA